AUGAGGCGUCAUGUGUUUGAGCGUUUACUUCAUGAUGUUCAGCAGGUCAAUCCAUACUUUCAACAGAAGCUAGACAGAGCAUGCCGCCUUGGUUUCUCACCUCAUCAGAAGGUUACUAUUGCACUCCGAAUGAUGGCAUAUGCCUCCCCAACUGAUGCGAUGGAUGAUACAUACGAUAUGUCUGAGUCUACAUGCCUUGAUACUCUUGCUGAAUUAUGUGACAUCAUUGUUCAUCUUUAUAAAGAGGAGUACCUCUGUGAGGCAAAUCAAAAAGAUCUGGAUCGGCUCUUUCGCAAAGUUGAAGAUCGUGGUUUUCUAGGCACGAUAGGGUCAUUACAGUUCACCAACCUCAUUACAGCUCUUGGACAUUCACCUCUCUUCGAUAACCUGACAGAAGGUGAAUUACCUCAACUUGACUACUACAUCAACGACCAUCAGUAUAAUAUGGGGUAUUACUUGGCAGAUGACAUCUACCCAAAGUGGGUGACACUUGGUAGUAUCUCUUUAAAUGAGUACAUGCGGCGCUAUAGGAUGAUACGUUCCCGUGCCACAAACAAGUACCUACAAUAG